AGAAAUAUAAUAACUUUUGUUCAAGCAAAGUAUAAGUGUGACAAACCACAAUUCAAUAAUACAGCAGAUAAUAGUGAUAGUUACAUCAGGGUAUGAUUAAAUAGUGAUAGUUACAUCAGGAUAUGAUUAAAUACAAAGUACUGCAGGUUAAACACUUGGCAGAUUACAGUAUUCUGAAGUACAGGAUUAAAUGCAGUAAAAUAGGGGCAGAUAAGAGCAAAAUAAGCACAUUUACAUGAAGGGUGAUAGUGUCCCAGGAUACAAACAGAGGAGUUCUACAGGUGCUCUUUGAAGAGGUGAGUCUUAAGGAGGCGCUGGAAUGUGGUCAGGGACUGGGCAGUCCUGACACCUGUAGGAAGGUCAUUCCACCACUGCGGAGCAAGGGUGGAGAAGGAGCGGGCUCUGGAGGCAGGGGAGCGUAGCGGAGGUAGAGCUAGUCUUCUAGUGCAGGCGGAGCGGAGAGGUCGAGUGGGGGUGUAGGGAGAGAUGAGGGUCUGGAGGUAGCUGGGUGCAGUCUGGUCAAGGCAUCUGUAGGCUAGUACAAGAUUCUUGAACUGGAUGCGAGCGGUGAUCGAGAUCCAGUGGAGCGAGCGGAGUAGUGGAGUAGCGUGGGCGAAGCGAGGCAGAGAGAACACCAGGCGGGCAGCAGAGUUCUGGAUGAGCUGGAGCGGACGGGUGGUUAAUCUGCAUGAAAUUCAAAGAUAGCAAGAAGCACUGGGAUCCUUAUGAAACUACAAAUAUCCGUGAAUAUGUUUACAGACCAAAUCCUGCAACAGAAGCUGUUCGCCCCAUGUCUUCAAAUGCAUAUACCUUCCCUUAUGAACUGAGCGGCCCUGUUGGUGCUAACAGAUACAGUGAGGACUUCUGUUGGCAGCCAUAUUCAAAACCUGAAAUCAUACGAAGCGGGUCCUCUAUGGGAAGUAAGAGAGACAAUCCUCAACCCCUACAGGAUUGGAGGGUGCUCAGAGGAGAGAAACAGAAAUCGUUAGUUUGCAAGUCACCCUGGAAUAAACCUGUUUCUGAUGAAGAAAUAAGAAAAGUGUUGUCGGGACAGUACCGCUCAACCUAUAGGGAGGAUUAUUUGGGUUUACCUCCAGAUUUUCAAGGAAAACAAGUGCCUCCUAACUGGAAGAAGGAAAUCUCUCAAUUGCCUUUGACUGAGUUUAGAUACCGCUACCAACAUCCAAAGCAGAGUCCUGAACUUAAGAGCUCCACCUCCCGCUAUGGAAGUAAUGCAUCUCAUCCUUUUCCAGCUAAAGGAGUGGUUCCAAGUGUGACCCUCGCUCACAUCAUUAAUCAGGAGAGUAAGAAGCAGCUAACUACUUACCAGAGGAUGUUUGGAAACAAUAGCAUGGGCAUUUCAACAGCCCUGAACUCUAUGCAGCCUAGAGAAAUUCAAGAAUUCCUUAAGACUGUUCCUGAGAAAGACAGAGCAGUGUUGCAAAGAUUUCUGAAAAACACUGCUGGCAGCCAAGCUAAGGAUGUUUCAGGAGGGUCACCAGCCAAGCCAGCAAAUCCAGUGUGGAUGUCAGGGGUGCCCGGUCCUGUGUAGCCUGCGGUACCUGGAAAAAGAAUUAAAUCAUGUCUGAAGUGUGAUUUAAAAGAGCAGGAUAAAUAGGAUUUUUGAGAGUGUGGAGUAAGACCUCUGCAAUCAGUGCUGUAAAAAGUGUGAUUUGCAAUGCUCUUUUAUUUUGUAUGUCUACCUUGAAUCGACAGAUACUGUCUGUAAAAAAAUGAAAAUCAGUAAAACAAAACGGUUGAUGAAAUGGAAGAUUUUAAAUGAGCUGCAUUUGAAGACAGUAAGGAAACAAUCAUAGAACUGUAUAUUAAGUUGCUGUUAGAAUAUGUUUUGUGAAAACAGUUAUCCAGCUGAUACCCAGCAUGAUAAUUCUGAUAGACUUGAGGGGGUCAGACAAAUUCU